UUUUUUUCGAUUUGCUUAUUUGUAAUCAAAUUUGGAGGCAGACGGACAGAAACAUUCUAUCAAACAUAAAAGCAACAACAGUUUUAUUUAACUUUUGCUUUAGCUAAAGAAUCUAUUAAAAUAUAAAAUAAUCUCGAAAAUAUUAGCACUCAACAAUGGAUGAAUUCAGCAGCAUUUUGGAAAUGACCAGGGAUCAAUCCACCCAAAAAGAACAAGAUGAAAUAUUGCUGCAACCCUUUGCCUACAUUCAACAAAUCCCUGGCAAACAAUUUCGUUCACAACUAUCGCUGGCCUUCAACUAUUGGCUACACAUACCGGACGAAAAGCUUCAGCUAAUAGGAGAAAUUGUUCAAAUGCUGCACAACUCCAGUCUGCUCAUUGAUGAUAUUGAAGACAAUUCAAUACUUCGCAGAGGUGUACCGGUGGCUCAUUCAAUAUAUGGCGUGGCAAGCACAAUAAAUGCAGCUAAUUAUGUUCUAUUUUUGGCCUUGGAAAAAGUCCAGCAGUUGGGCCAUCCCGAUGCUACCAAAGUUUACACUGAACAAUUGCUAGAGUUACAUCGUGGUCAGGGUAUGGAAAUUUAUUGGCGUGAUAGUUUUACUUGUCCUUCGGAAACUGAUUAUAAACUGAUGACAGUUCGUAAAACUGGUGGUUUGUUUAUGUUGGCCAUACGUCUAAUGCAAUUGUUUAGUGAAAAUAAAGAAGAUUUUUCAAAAUUAACGGCCAUCUUGGGUUUAUAUUUUCAAAUACGUGAUGAUUACUGUAAUCUUAGUUUGAAAGAGUACACGGAAAACAAAAGUUUUGCUGAAGAUUUGACAGAAGGGAAAUUUGGAUUCCCGGUUAUACAUGCGGUACGCACACAAAAACAUGAUAAACAAGUUUUACAUAUUUUGAGACAAAGAACCCAUGACGUUGAAGUAAAAAAAUACUGUAUAAGUUUGUUAGAAAAAUUAGGCAGUUUUCAAUACACCCGGGAAGUGUUGGAAUCAUUGGAUACAGAAGCCAGAGCAGAGGUAAAUCGUUUAGGUGGCAAUCCCUACAUGGAUAUGUUGCUUGACAAACUCUUAUCCUGGCGUUUGGCGGAAAAUAAUACCAACAAUCAUUUGUCAGCCUCCAGCAACUGCAAUUAACAACCAAAGAGGCAAAGAAGGGAAUGUUAAACCUGUUAAAAUGACAACUUCACCUUUUUUGCUGCAACUUACUUAGAUCUUUAAGCUCUUUAAAGCCUCCACACCAGCUUUAAUAUUUCAAUCUUUGUUAUUAUUUUUAUGUAUUUAUUAAUUCAAUUUGUUUACAUUAUCAUAUUUAUAGGCAACACUCAUGAUUUUUAGUAUUAAAUUACAAAAAAAGAAAAAAAAAAAAGAAAUUGUUUCUGAAUCUCCUUUAAAAAUAAUCUAUUGACUUAUAUAAAACUGUUGUUAAACAAAUUAGAAGAAAACUAAAACUACACAUUUUAAAAACACAAAAUAUGCUGCAAUAAUGUAACACCACCUCACGAAAUAAUAGCUUAAUUAAAUGAAACACAUACAUAUAUAGGCAUAUUAUACUUAUUAUAUUUUAUACUGACUGCAUUUGUCCAUUACGCAAACAUACAAAACUUACUAUUAACAAACGGAAAAAAAACCAACAUGUUUAUUUUUUAAUAAUAUCCUUACAUGUAAAUACAUAAUAUACAUCAUAUAUGUUUGUAUGAGUAUGUAUUUAAAAAUGUAAAUUUUAAAUACAUAUGAAUGAAUGUGCGUGCUAAAUAAACUUAAA